AAUAUCCACACUCAGAAACCAUACUCCACGCAAAUGUCUACUACUUUUUCCACACCCCCUCUACCUUUCCAACAUUUUCAUGGUGUUUUUCACCUAAGAAAAUUGCUACUGCACAACCCUCUUUCUCCUUUACCUUCUGGUAACGCCCAUCAUCCAUUGAAUCCUAACGCCACAGGGGAUAAGAGCUUCAAUAUAAAUGUUGUUGUUGUCUUUAUAGUCCUAAUGUGCGCACUCUUUGGUUCACUUGGGCUAAAUUCUUUCAUAAGGUGUGCAUUAUGGUGUUCAAACGUAAAUGGAAAUCCUUCCAAUAGAGGGAUCAAGAAAAAAGCCUUGAAAACUUUCCCUGUAGUGAAUUACUCAGCAAAGGAUAGUAAACUGCCUGGGUUGGACACAGAAUGUGUCAUAUGCAUAUCAGAGUUUGUAUUUGGUGAUCGUGUUCGAAUUUUGCCAAAGUGUAGCCAUGUAUUUCAUGUGAGGUGCAUUGAUAUGUGGCUCAGCUCACACUCAUCUUGCCCGACAUGCAGGCACUGCCUUAAGGAGACAUGCCACAAGAUUGCUGGUGUUAGUCAGGCUGGCUCAUCAGAGCAACCACCUCCUCCAAUCCAAGAAAGAGUUGUGAACAUAGCACCCCUCGAGCGUGAAGGUUUGGUCACCAAUUACAGGGGAGUCAGCUAAGUGAAUUUCUGCUAACUAUUUUGUCAUCCAUUUUAAAAUCUAAUUAAGGUUACUCAAUUUGGAGCUCAAAGCUGUCAAAAUGACCCCAAUUGGAGUUGUGGCUAGCUAGCUACAGGGAGAGAAUGAUAUUUCCAGACAGUCCAAAUUGGCAAGGAAAAUGAUUGCAUUCAAGGAUUACUAUUGUCUGUCAGAGGUGGUGGCUGAGUAAUAUUGCACUUAUCCUUUUCUAUGAUGUUGAAAUUUGGAAUAUGGCACUCAAGGUGCGGCUGCGGUCCAGAGAUCUAAAAUCCUCACUGUCCCUGAAAGAAUCACUCUUUUGCCAGCCCAAGAAUUUUGUUUUUAAGUAGGCUAUGAACGUGAAAAUCUCACAAUUUACACUACUUUAGAGCUGUUUUAAUGUA